AUGCUCAUGGGAGCCUUUUCAGCAUCUGAAAAGCUGAAAAAAACCGAAAAGACUUUUUGGGGGUUUUUCCGGCUUGAUAAACCGAAAUGCACACCCCUUUUUGUCACACAGAUCUAUUCCCCUUAUACUGGCAGGAGUAUAAGAGAGACUACGGUGGAGAUAGACAACGGCCUUGCAUCUAAAGAAAUGCUGACACUUUCCUCGAGAGAAUCCCAAGAACAUGUUUCCUUCCCAAAUGAGCAGGUUGAGACAGAGGAUAAUCAGAGGCAUGAAGUGGGUGAGGAACUUCAUCAGCAAAUGCCAGAUGAAGUUAAAAAUGUAAACUUGAAAGAAAAUGUCAGGAAUCAAGGUGGACCGAUGAGAAAGACAGUUGGUCAUGUGGUUGAGAAAAGUGAUGGAAGACGACAUACUUUAGAUAUUACAAAGCACAGGAUAAUGAAGAGUCUUCAACUGCAUCAUAGAACCCACACAGGUGAGAAACGUUUUGAAUGCUCAGAGUGUGGAAAGAGAUUCAGUAGGAGUGGUAGUCUUCAACUGCAUCAGAGAACCCACACAGGGGAGAAACCUUUUCACUGCUCAGAGUGCGGGCGGAGAUUCAGUCAGAGUGGCCAUCUUAAGGAGCACCAAAGAACCCACACAGGGGAGAAACCUUUUGAAUGCUCAGAGUGUGGAAAGAGAUUCAGUCACAGUAGCAGUCUUCAACUGCAUCAGAGAACCCACACAGGGGAGAAACCAUUUGAAUGCUCAGAGUGUGGAAAGAGAUUCAGUCACAACUACAAACUUGAACUGCAUCACAGAACUCACACAGGGGAGAAACCUUUUGAAUGCUCAGAGUGUGGAAGAAGAUUCAGUCGGAGUGAUAGUCUUCAACUGCAUCAGAGAACCCACACAGGGGAGAAACCUUUUGAAUGCUCAGAGUGCGGAAAGAGAUUCAAUCAGAGUUGCCAACUUCAGAUGCAUUUUAGAACCCACACAGGAGAGAAACCUUUUGAAUGCUCAGAGUGCGGAAGGAGAUUCAGUCGGAGUACCCAACUUCAACAGCAUCAGAGAACCCACACAGGGGAGAAACCUUUUGAAUGCUCACAGUGCGGAAAGAGAUUCAGAUUGAGUAGCACUCUUCAACAGCAUCAGAGAACCCAUACAAGGGAGAAACCUUUUGAAUGUUCCGAGUGUGCCAAGAGAUUCAGUCACCGUAGCAGUCUUCAACUGCAUCAGAGAACCCACACAGGGGAGAAACCUUUUGAAUGCUCAGAGUGUGGGAAGAGAUGUAGUCGGAGUGACCAGCUUCAACAGCAUCAGAGAACCCACACAGGGGAGAAACCUUUUGAAUGCUCAGAGUGCGGAAAGAGAUUCAGUUUGAGUGGCAGUCUUCAACGGCAUCAGAGAACCCACACAGGGGAGAAACCUUUUGAAUGCUCAGAGUGCGGAAAGAGAUUCAGUUUGAGUGGCAGUCUUCAACGGCAUCAGAGAACCCACACAGGGGAGAAACCUUUUGAAUGCUCAGAGUGCGGAAAGAGAUUCAGUUUGAGUGGCAGUCUUCAACGGCAUCAAAGAACCCACACAGAGGAGAAACCUUGA